AUGGAAAUCCCUCUUAUGAGGUACACAUUCCGACUUUCAGGCCCGCACACAUCCCGGCCCGCGUAUUCCUCGACGGUACGCAGUGUGUCAAAUGGAAGCGCCCUCUGGCACCGACUACUCUCGACAAAGUUUCCUUCAAAUAAGCAGUCAUCUGAGAUCGAAUGGCAGCAAAGAACCAGCGUAUGGCCCGCUGAUCGCGCUGAGGAAUUUGCCAGAUAUCCCUUCGUUACGGCCGAGCAGUUACGUGGACGGAAGGAGCGACCUCGUCGCGUUAAGAUGUUAACUAGGGACUUUAUUGAAGAUUCAUUGUACAACCCAUCUUAUGGCUACUUUUCAAAGCAGGUCGUAAUUUUCACGCCCGAAACACCCUUCGACUUUAACUCCAUGAAAGACGAGCCAGAAUUCUAUCGUCAGCUAGGCCAGCGGUAUACUAGUUUUGAAGAUGAGUUAGACUGCAAGGAGCUAAAUGAGUCCCGUCAGCUAUGGCAUACACCUACUGAGCUUUUCAGGCCAUAUUAUGGCGAAGCAAUCGCUCGUUACUUAGUUGCUAACUACAAACUUCUCCAAUACCCCUACCACGAUUUAAUUAUAUACGAGAUGGGCGCUGGAAAUGGAACUCUCAUGCUCAAUAUUUUAGAUUACAUUCGUGAUACCGAACCUUCGGUAUAUGAUCGUACUAAGUAUAAAAUUAUAGAAAUUUCUUCUAGCUUAGCUAAGUUGCAGCAGCGUCAACUUUGCAACUCACCCAGUGUGGCUGCUCACCUGAAAAAAGUUGAGAUUAUAAAUAAAAGUAUCUUUGAAUGGAAUGAAGCGGUACCUGCUCCAUGUUAUUUUCUUGCAAUGGAGGUUUUUGAUAACUUCGCCCAUGACUGUAUUCGAUAUGAUCCUGUCAGCGAAGAUCCUCUUCAAGGUGUUAUAUUGAUAGAUUCUCGUGGAGAAUUCUAUGAUUUCUAUACGCCAUCCCUUGAUGCAGUUGCGGCUCGUUUUCUUCGACUCCGCCAUGCGGCUACUGGUGGUCGGUACCCCCAGCCUCUAGAUAAAGGGAGGACUGCGCGGAAGUUUAUGAGGCAUCUACCACUGGCGCCAAAUUUGAGCGAGCCCGAGUACAUCCCAACCCGACUUAUGCAAUUUUUUGAUGUUUUGGAACGUUACUUUCCUGGCCACAAGCUUGUAACAAGUGACUUUCAUUCGUUACCAGAUACAAUAAAAGGAGUUAAUGCGCCCGUCGUACAAACACGGUACAAAAGGCGAACAGUACCUGUAACUACCCACCUUGUUAAACAAGGAUAUUUUGACAUACUCUUUCCAACAGAUUUCAAUGUAGUGGUGCCGAUGUACAUGGCUAUCACCGGAAAGCUUACGAGGCUCUCUUCCCAUGAAGAAUUUCUUAACAAGUGGGCCUACGUAGAGGAAACAGAGACAAAAAAUGGCGAGAACCCUAUUUUAAGUUGGUACAAAAAUGCAAGCGUCCUAACAACUGUAUAA